AUCCACCAAUUCCCAAUUCGUCACUCAAUUCCACAGAUAAUGGCGUCUCUCUUGCUCGGAAUCGGAGCUCCUCCAAUGGCGGCCAGAGCCCUCACAAUUCCCCCUUCUCUCCCUCUCUCCAAAUCCCAAGCCCUACUCAACCCCUCCUCCUCCUCCCUCUCCAUCUCCACACCUUCCCCCACUCUUCCCCUCAUUUUCUGCGGCAGAGGGGACAAGAAAACUGCAAGGGGGAAGCGGUUCAAUCACUCGUUCGGAAAUGCGAGGCCGAAGGAUAAGAAGAAGGGGCGAGGGCCGCCGAGGGUGCCGGCGCCGCCGCUUCCGCCGAGGAAAGACAAGUAUGACGACGGCGAGGUGGUCAAGAUUGAGAUUGAUGAGUCUCUGUUUGGGAACUGAUUGAAUGUGUUUUUGUGUUUUGGGUAAUUUUUUUUUGUUAAAAUCUUCAGCUAGAACUGAGUUUUAUUUUGAUUAUCCAAUAUUUGCAUAUAGAAUGUUUCAAGAUUAUUCAUGAUUCAUAAUAUUUGAGCUAAUUUGUUUGAUUUA